AUGAGAUGUCAACAAUGGACAGCGAGACGGAAGUACGGAGUGAGAAGCACACGACAAUCUCAUCAACAAGAUGCAAGCUGGGAUCUUAUCAAGAGAUCCAUCGUGGCGCCUAUACGAGACUUUUUUUCAACAUCAAGAGUAGAUGAAUCCACAUUCAUGAUAUCGUAUCUUCGAUUUGAGAGAGUACGAAAUGGAGAAUGGAACAUUGUACAAAGGGAAUAUCUCCGAGGCUCAGGAUCAUUUGCCUCUCUCGUUCGAGUGAAGGAUUGUUAA